CCACUAUCUACGUUAUUAAUUGUUUCAGAAGAUGAGUACAGCAAAGGAAAAUUGUCCACCAUCUCCAGGUAAAGUCAGAAGAUGCAAUGCAGCUUUUGGAGAAGAACUUUUUUCGCAAUAUAACCAAAAUACCUGCGAAUGCAUUAAUUUAAAAAUGCAGUUAAAAAAAUUAGAAGAAAAAAUCGUAAAACAAAAUCAGGCAAUUAUGGACGUCUUGGCAUCACAUUCAGUAUUGCUAAAUAAAAUCUAUAAAAAUGAAACGAUGCCAACCGAAGUGUCAACUGUUUUCCCGAUAAAAACGGUGGAAGAAUUAGAGAAACUGAAUAACGGUAUAUCUGAGGAGGAUAUGUAA